GGCCACUUUCUGGCAUCCAGUUUCUGUAGCCCCCAUCACCACACUGUGCCACGGGCCCCUGUACCGCCUUCUCAUAACUGCUGCCAGAUCUCAUACUGCUGCCUGUAUGGCCUUUCAUUGAAGCUGCUUACGCUCCGCCACUCUGCCAUGGGCCUCUUGGGUAUCCAGAAAGCUGCUCAGCGGGUCAGGGCAAUAAGCUCCCCGGUUCGCAGGUUGUUCCGUCUUAUGGAUGGAAGUACGAUGGUAUAUGAUCUUCUUCGCACCCACGGCAUCACCUCAUAGAAUCUCUGCAUUGCAUCUGCAAUCACAACGCUGACUUCCCGGAUCGCCACUCAGCCAUUGGACUCUUGAUAGUCGUCUCCCCACGCUGCUGCUGGGGGGACUUUUUAACCUAGGCCUGUGUAUGGCCUUCAAUUGAAGCUGCUUCUGCUCCGCCACUCUGCCAUUGGACUCUUGAUAGUCGUCUCCCCA